AUGAAGAAUGUGAUGCAAGGAAAAGACCUAUUAUAUAUGGCUGAUUCUAUACAAAAAAGUGCUGAGAAAACGUUAGGUGGAAAGUUUGAAACCGUCGUUGCACUAGAUGAUUUUGCUUACAAAAGUCAUUUCAAGGAAGGAAAAUCAUGCAAAGUUGAGAAGGAUGGUCAGUAUGCACUUGCUUGGCAACCGUAG